GGGCGCUUCACAGCACCUGUGUCUGGCAUCUACCAGUUUUCAGCCAACGUCCACAUCGACCAUAGUGAGCUAAAGAGCAAAGUGCAGCUCCGAGCCAGAGACAACGUCCGUGUGCUGAUCUGCAUCGAAUCCCUCUGCCAUCGAUACACAUCUUUGGAAGUCAUUGCUGGUCUGGAAAGUAAUAGCAAGAUCUUCACUGUUUAUGUGCAUGGAUUGCUACAGCUACAGGCUGGACAAUACACUUCAAUAUUUGUGGACAACAGCGCAGGAGCUUCCAUCACAAUUCAGAAUGGAUCGGAUUUCAUGGGCAUGUUUAUGGGCAUCUAACCUGGAUGUCGACCACAGGUUGGGUGGGGAAGGACAUGACUCCAGGAGCCUUGCAACACACACUUGACUGAAGAAACCUUUACUUUGACCCUAGAGGACUGCUCCCUGUUAGCCAUUGGCAUUUCUAAUACAGUGAAAUAAAGAGCGUUUCCUUCCACCGACACUCAACUUGCUUUUCAGAGGUUGCUGCUGUUAAAUGUCUACAUCAGUUCUGCCUACAAAUAUACUUUAAAUAAUAAUAAUAAUUAAAAAAAGAACUGUAUAUUAUUUAAAUUGUCUGUGCUUCACCAAAAGUUCACAGCACAAUAUACCAAGGUCUGAAAAGUGUUACGUAAUAACUAUCUGCAUAACACAAUAGAGCUUGCAUCCAGCAUGUCUUGGGAAUUGAUGGGUUUGCUUUGAGUUUCUUUGCAGACUAGCUAACAAAAAGAUGGAUUCUUUGUAUUUGGGAGGAAGAAGAUAGGGAUUUGCCAGCAAACUCUGCUAAUAUCAUGCUUUGGACAAGCUGAAACCCCCCAUCUUCCCUCCCGACUCUUGGAUGACUGGUACACAGCGUGCUGACUGCUUUAACUAUCAUCAAACUCAAGCAUUUCCCACUGUAAUUCUGGGGGCCCAAGGACUUAAGCAGAAUUGUUACUUUGUGUCCAAGUCGUUCCGUAAUCUCUUGACGAAGCUGAACAUUUUGUGUUGGCUGCAGGAUGACUUUUUAGGGCAAGACAAACAAGCAAGGGCAACAGUUCUAGCCAAUUCCCUGCUUCCUUAUAUUCUUAUGUUUUAGUAAGAGAUAUAUGUAUAUUUUUAGUCACAUCCAUAGAUGCAGCAUCGCUGGGACACCAUAUAUUAAGUUGUAAACAUGUCAGGUACACAGUGCUAGUUGCCAACAGAGCUGGAAAAGGCUGGGGAUCAGAGGCCCAGACUGACCAUGUGAAAGCUGUCAUUUCAUUUGGUGCUAAUUAGAUGGUGUAAUUGAUGAAAAUGCAUGAUUGAUAACAGGGAGUGCCACUCUCCAAGCUAAUGCAAGCACCAUUUAGGACUCAGCUAAGUCCUGUUUCAGAGGUCUUGUGAAUCUCCCCCGGAAGGCACCGAAUGAGCAGCUCACAGGAUCAGUGCUUGUCCAGACUCUAGUUUGCACAGGUUGGUGUCUUAAUAGGACCUGUAACUCCCAAAUUCAGGCAUUCUCUGUUGCUAAGGUGUGAAGUCCUGAUGCUUCUGAAGUCAAUGGGAGUUUUGACUUCAACGGGGUCAGGAUUUUCACCCAUGAAUGUGGAGAUGCAGAGUCCCUGUGGCCCAAAAAAGCAAAUUUGUUGCACCUGGGUGUUGGUUCCAGGUUCAAUAGGUGGGAUUUAGUUAAUGCAACCCCGGCAGAGAAAUGGCGCAGUCAGAUAACUCUAAAGAGACAUUGGCAAGGUAAAAAAGAGGCUUGAUGAUCCUUUUAACAUUGAUCUCAGCAGAUGAGAAAAUAAAGAAGAAAGAUUCCAAAUCCCUUGUUUUGGGGUGUUGUAUUUUUCUAAUCAACCACUCUUCUCCCCAGGCCAUGAAUGCAAAGAACCAAAGGAUCCCAUUUUUAUGGCCCCAGCAGAAAUACAGUCAACUCUUCCCUCUGCUGUUUCUAUGGAAGGAGAAAACCAAUGUUUCUCCACGCUCCAGUGAGGCUGGAGCAUACAGAAGAUUUAUUUACUACGCUGUGGGGAAAGUUGCUGUACAACAGAAAUUGAUUCUUUUGUAUCAGUUACUUCUAAACCCAGGGGCUGUGUCUAGACUACAUGGCUCUGAUGACGGAGCCAUGUAGA